AAAUUGGGCUCUAUAUAUGUCAAACUUAACUUGGACGUAGAAACCCAUGUUCAUCUCUCAAACACAUCAAUCUAUCCAAAAACAAACCCAGAAAAAUGAGUGCAGAAACUGUAAAACAAAUCUCAGAAUGUUUCAUCAAACCAAAAUACGAAGUCCCAGAAGCCAAAAAACCUUACUAUUUAGCUCCAAUGGAUUUAGCCAUGCUUUCAGUUCAUUACAUCCAAAAAGGUCUCUUAUUCAACAAACCAUCACACUUAAAUAACAACAACAAUCAACAACCAUAUUCAACCCAAAACCUCCUCGAAACUCUCAAAGAUUCCCUUUCCCUAACCCUCGUCCAUUUCUACCCCUUAGCCGGCCGCCUCGCCACCACCCAAGUCGACGACCACCGCCACGAGUCCCUAAUCUUCGUCGACUGCAACAACAGUCCCGGCGUCAGAUUCAUUCACGCCGCCGUAGAUGUGACGGUUUCCGACAUACUUUCACCGACGGAUGUCCCUGUUGUGGUCCAAUCGUUUUUCGACCAUGACAGGGCUGUUAACCAUGAUGGGCAUAGUUCGUCUUUGUUAACGAUUCAGGUUACUGAGCUUUUAGAUGGGAUUUUUAUUGGGUGUUCUAUGAAUCAUGUUCUUGGUGAUGGUACUUCGUAUUGGCAUUUCUGGAAUAUGUGGUCGGAGAUUCAUGGAAGAAAGGGGGAGGAGUUGGUUCCUUUGUUGUCACGUAUGCCACUUCUUCAACGUUGGUUUCCUCAAGGGUAUAAUCCGCCUAUUUUGCUUCCUUUUGUUCAGCCGGAUGAAUUUGUUACCAGGUACGAGGCACCUCAACUCCGGGAAAGAAUCUUCCAUUUCUCGCCGGAAUCCAUGGCAAGACUAAAAGCAAAAGCAAACGAAGAAAACAACAAUCAUGACAUUACAAUCACCACCAAAAUCUCAUCCUUUCAGGCCUUAUCUGCACUCUGCUGGCGAGCAAUCGUGAAAGCAAACCGCCUCCCUCGUGACAAACUCACCGGUUGCAGAUUAGCAACCAACAACAGACACAGAUUAAACCCACCAUUACCUCAAGACUAUUUUGGUAACUGCAUUAGUGCAAUGAGAACAUCAGCAACAGUUGCCGAUCUCCUUGAUCAUAACUUAGGAUUUGCGGCAUCACUUCUGCAUCAAUCUGUUUUAAACCACAGUGAUAAAAUAGUUCGUGAUUUUGUUACUGAUUGGUUAAAGUCACCUCAUGUUUACCAGCUUGAUAAGCUGUUUGAUUGUUACAGUGUGAUGAUGGGGAGUUCGCCGAGGUUUGAUAUGUAUGGGAAUGAAUUUGGGUUAGGGAAAGCAGUUGCUGUUCGAAGUGGGUAUGCGAAUAAGUUUGUUGGGAAGGUGACUUCUUAUGAAGGGUAUGAGGGUGGUGGAAGUGUUGAUUUGGAAAUAUGUUUACCUCCUGAUUCAAUGGAAGUUCUUGAAUCUGAUUUGGAAUUUAUGGGUGCUGUGUCUUUGUCCUGUAAAGAGGUUCAGUAGUAGAAUUAGGGAUGAUCAAAGUUUCUUGUUUUUACUAAUUUGUGAUUUUCAUAUGUUUUUGACUAAUAAAUCAAAGUUUUUCUGAUUUA